GUCUAUGACAUCAUCAAGUUGAACGUCGAUGCCAGCGUUAUAACUUGCCCCUUACAAUCACCUACUGCAUCCACCAACACAAAAUUUUGUGACGCUAUCCAGGGCUAUGGACUCAUUACCUCUCGAUGUUUCUCAUCCUGCAGUGCGGGAUUACCUUUCCCUUGUACGGCUGCAGGUCCUCACCCCUUUGUCACUUUUGAUUAACAUCGCGACACUGCUUGUGUGCUCAGUUAUCAUCAGUCCAUCAGCCGGCUCCAUUAUCAAGUCACACCCCACAUCUAUAUCUCCUUCGCCAAGCCUCAUUGCCGCUUAUAUUGCCGCUAUAUUUCUUGGGCAGAUAGGCUACUGCGUAUUACUGGUUGUAGCCAGGAAGUCUGAGACGAAGACAACGCUAGUGAAAGGAGUUGGUCUUUCCCUGGUUUUUGCAAACUGGUUGAUGGCUCUUUGGGCCGUGAGUUGGGUCCUUGAGUUUUUCUUACUCUCGACGAUACUUCUUGGACUUCUGGUUCUAUGUCUAUUGUAUUCGAACAUCGCGCUUCUUAUAUAUCAUCCUCCCACAUCCUCUCGCCCUCUCGACACGGCACUUAUUCACGCUCCACUGCGUUUCUUCCUCGUUCUUCCUCUAUCCUUGCUGUUUUCCUAUUCGCUCUUCAUCACUCUGGGGUUAUAUUACUCACCUGGUCACCCCGAACAUUACGACCGCUUUGCCUGGCCUGGGUUUGGGGCCACAUUUGGCGCAAAUCUCAUUGGCUUGGUCGUGAUACUGAUGCGCUGUGAUAUCGUGUGGGCUGUCGCAGCUACCUGGAUUUGUGCGAGUAUAUGGAGCGCGAGGCCAAAACCUGCUCCUGUUUAUAUCACUGUUAUUUUUUUCACCGUACUUCACCCUCUGGCUCUCUUGGGAACGCUCCUCUACCGUCGACUUACCAAGCGAGAAGGGAGAAUUGCACUACCCCCUGAUGAAGAACAUGAUGUGGCAGCACCACGCGGUCCGCGAGAGGUGGAUGCAGAAGCUCUGUGGGGCCCUGCCUGAGUAUUGAGCAGCACUGAGAUUCUAGUUCUUUUUCUCUCCGCUAGGAUGUUACGUGAACAUUUUUAUGGUCUGAUUCCGUUGAUUACAUACUGUAUCCUCUUCGUCAGGAUGCUACGUGAAUUUGUACUUGGUUUGGCAUCGGUUACAUACUGUAUACAAAAGACGAAAAAUAAUAUGGAUGCAAAUCGUCAA